CGGGUAGAGCGAGGCGAGCGCCGAUUGGAGGGCUCGGUGGGCCGUGGCCGCACGCAGCCUAACGGUGACCUUGCCCGGUCCGGGGAGGGCCGGACGGGCUUCGGGAGUGCGGACGCUCGGCGGGACGUGUCGGCGCCCGGCGCCCCGGGGUGAUGGCGGCAGCUGCGAGGCCUGGGCUGGGCCGAGUGCUCCCUGGAUCCUCCAUCCUGUUCCUGUGUGACAUGCAGGAAAAGUUCCGCAGCAGUGUCACCUGCUUCCCACAGAUCGUCGCUGUGGCUGCACGCAUGCUCAGGGUGGCCCGGCUGCUGGAGGUGCCAGCUGUGCUGACGGAGCAGUACCCACAGGGCCUGGGCCACACGGUGCCAGAGUUGGGGGCAGAGGGCCUACAGCCCGUGACCAAGACCUGCUUCAGCAUGGUGCCUGUGGUGCGGCAGGAGCUGGACAGCCGGCCUCAGCUGCAGUCCGUGCUGCUCUGCGGCAUUGAGACCCAGGCGUGCAUCCUGGUGAGCACCGGGGGCCCCACCCCUGCCGAGGCCUGGCUCCCGGACCCCACCCUGUCAUGCUUGCUGCCCCCUCGCCUGGUCCCGGUCUCCCUUGUGGGGUUGGUCCUGAUCUUCUUGUGUCCCCAGAACACGGCCCUGGACCUCCUGGACCGGGGGCUGCAGGUCCACGUGGUGGCGGAUGCCUGUUCCUCCCGCAGCCAGGUGGACCGGCUGGUGGCACUGGCCCGCAUGCGACAGAGCGGGGCUUUCCUGUCCACGAGUGAGGCACUGAUCCUGCAGCUGGUGGGGGACGCCGCCCACCCCCGGUUCAAGGAGAUCCAAAAGAUCAUCAAGGAACCCGCCCCGGACAGCGGGCUGCUGGGCCUCUUCCAAGGCCAGAACCCCCUCUUCCGCUGAUCUCUUGGCCCUACCUCCAAAGGAGACCACCCUCUGGUCGUCUGGACUGGUGGAAGCGCUUUCUCCCCCAUCCCUGCAUCCCAAGAGUGGUGCAGUCCACCAGGAGUCCCGCCUCCUUGGGAGGGGAGGCGGGGCGCCGCCUUUCCAUUGGCCGGAUGCUCCCGGAAAUGCAAAUGAGGAUCCUGGAAGCCGGCCGGGAGUUGGCUGCCAGCCCCGUGGGGGCGGGGCUCGGCCCGGGGCCCCUGCGCGGGGCGGGAAGGGAGGGGCAGGUGGGGAAGGGACCGACUGCGAGACCCGAUCUCGCAGAAUAAACACUGCUGUGGCUGUG